CGCAUCCUCGGUGGCUCUAGCACCAAUCUUAUAAUAUUGGCUACCUCCAUUUCCAUCCAAACGAAGGGCUUGAGAGAGAGACAGAGAAACAAGCAGACCUUCUGUGAUCUCUUUCCCGCUCACCCUUUGCCCCCAGGAGAGAGAAGUAGGGAGACAAGGAAGAAGAAAAGAGAUCACUACCAUUAACGCCAGAGACUGGAGCUGGAAAAGAAAAAGAUAAUAUAUGGAGGGCGGCGCAGGAAGAGGUUUGGAAUGCCGGAAGACUAUGGAUGGGAAGGUGAAUAACCGGAAUGGCCCAGAGAAGGUUCUCCCUUCUUGUUGUUUGAAGGCUAGCUCUUCAGACCCUGAGCUUGAGGCAAAAUGCCAUUCAACUGUUGUUUCUGGGUGGUUUUCGGAAACUCACUCUUGCUCUGGGAAAGCUGGAAAAAAGGUUUAUUUUAACAACCCGAUGUGGCCUGGAGAAGCCCAUUCACUAGCAGUGGAAAAGGUUUUGUACAAGGGAAAUUCAGAGUUUCAAGAGGUCCUGGUUUUUGAGUCCUCAACAUAUGGGAAAGUACUUGUACUUGAUGGCAUUGUUCAACUGACAGAGAAAGAUGAAUGCGCCUACCAGGAGAUGAUUGCUCAUCUUCCUCUUUGUUCUAUUCCAUCGCCCAAAACUGUUCUGGUUGUUGGUGGCGGUGAUGGUGGUGUUCUUAGAGAGAUUUCUCGACAUAGCUCUGUGGAGCAAAUUGACAUAUGCGAGAUAGAUAAGAUGGUCAUUGAUGUCUCUAAAAGGUUUUUUCCUGAGUUGGCUGUUGGAUUUGAGGACCCUCGUGUCCACCUUUAUAUUGCUGAUGCUGUCGAUUUUCUUCGGUGUGCACCCAAGGGGAAGUAUGAUGCUGUCAUUGUUGAUUCAUCGGACCCUGUGGGUCCUGCUCAGGAGCUUGUAGGGAAGCCUUUUUUUGAGACAGUAGCUAGAGCAUUAAGGCCUGGCGGUGUCCUCUGUAACAUGGCAGAAAGCAUGUGGCUCCAUACUCAUCUUAUUCAAGAUAUGAUCUCCACUUGCCGUCAAACAUUCAAGGGUUCUGUCCAUUAUGCUUGGGCUAGCGUUCCAACAUAUCCAAGUGGCGUGAUAGGAUUUCUUAUAUGCUCAACUGAUGGGCCACCUGUUGAUUUUAUAAAUCCCAUCAAUCCUAUUGAGAAGUUAGAAGGAGCUCUCAAGCAUAAAAGAGAACUAAGGUUCUACAACUCAGAGAUGCAUUCAGCCGCAUUUGCCUUGCCAUCCUUUCUGAAAAGGGAGGUGACCUUUCUUCGUGAUUCUCCAAUCUCGGGACAACCAAUCUGCAUUUCCUAGUAGAUUUUCAGACAUAGAGAAUCAGUCCAACGGUGAAAGUAGAGACUGGGUGAUUAUUGCACUCCAAUAGAUGGGGGCCAUGACCCGAGUUCAAGGUAUUUGUGAGGCCUUUAUAUUCUAUAGCAUGUAAUAUCAUUGCUUUCAACAAUCAAUUUGUGGAUGGCAACUUUUAUCAUAUCAUGGAUUUUGGCAUUAUCAUCAUGUUCUGGGAGUGUGGUAUUUCUUUGUUCAUUUAAUGGAGUGGUAAACCUGCUAUCAAGAGUGACAUGCAAGUUAUCCUAUAACCGUGUAAAAUGCAUGAAAACUAAUAUCAAUAACAGGCUUGGCUGAAAUGAUUAUCCAUGAAAUAUAAACGGAAAUUUAGAUUUA